CAAGUAGCAAGGUUCUCUCUUUGGAGCCCUGUGCUCCUUUUGGGUCCUAGCGACCAGUAAGCUUCUACACGCCAACACGCUUCUAUUACAAACCACCUUUAAGAUGGCGCUCCAGGCGACCAUGCACGCUCCGUGCACCGCCAGCCGUGUGGCGCGCCGUGCCAUGAAGGUCUCGGCAGCGGCUGCAGCUCCCUCUGCCCGCACGCCCUCGGCCACUGGCGCGGUGAAGCGUGCCAUGACCAUGACUGAGAAGAUCCUGGCUAACCGCUCGGGUAACACGAGCGUGCAGCCUGGCGAUAACAUUUGGACGCGCGUCGACAAGCUGCUUACCCACGACGUGUGCGGACCGGGCACCUUCGGCAUCUUCCAAAAGGAGUUCGGCCCUAACGCUAAGGUCUGGGACAACGAGCGCGUGGUCCUGAUCCCUGACCACUACAUCUUCACCAACGAUGCCCGUGCCAACCGCAACGUGGACAUCCUGAGGGAGAUGGCUCAGAAGUACAACAUCAAGUACUUCUACGACAUCACCGACCGCAGCGACUUCCGCGCCAACCCGGACUACAAGGGAGUGUGCCACGUGGCGCUAGCGCAGGAGGGCCACUGCAAGCCUGGUGAGGUGCUGUUCGGCACCGACUCGCACACCUGCAAUGCCGGUGCCUUUGGGCAGUUCGCCACGGGUGUGGGCAACACGGAUGCUGGCUUCAUCCUGGGGACCGGCAAGCUGCUCAUCAAGGUUCCCCCCACCAUGCGGUUCGUGAUGGAGGGUGAGAUGCCCGAGUACCUGCUGGCCAAGGACCUCAUCCUGCAGGUCAUUGGCGAGAUCUCUGUCGCCGGCGCCACCUACAAGGCCAUGGAGUUCAGCGGCAGCGCCAUCGAGGGCAUGAACAUGGACGAGCGCAUGACCAUCUGCAACAUGGUGGUGGAGGCGGGAGGCAAGAACGGUGUCAUCGCGCCCGACCAGACUACCUUCGACUACGUGCGCGCUCGCACCCAGGAGGCCUUCGAGCCCGUGUACAGCGACCCAGAUGCCAGCUACGUUGCUGACUACCGGUGGGACGUGUCCAAGCUGGAGCCCCUGGUGGCCGCCCCGCACUCGCCCGACAACCGCAAGACGGCGCGCGAGUGCUCCGACGUCAAGAUUGACCGCGUCUACAUCGGCAGCUGCACGGGCGGCAAGACGGAGGACUUCCUGUCCGCCGCCAAGCUCUUCUACCGCGCCAAGCGCCAAGUCAAGGUGCCCACCUUCCUGGUGCCGGCCACGCAAAAGGUGUGGGCCGACGUGUACACCAUGCCCGUACCCGGCUGCGACGGCAAGACGGCCGCCGAGAUCUUCGAGGAGGCGGGCUGCACCACCCCCGCUGCACCCAGCUGCGCAGCCUGCCUGGGCGGCCCGCGCGACACCUUUGCGCGCAUGAACGAGCCGGAGGUGUGCGUGUCCACCACCAACCGCAACUUCCCAGGCCGCAUGGGACACAAGGAGGGGCAGGUGUACCUGGCGUCGCCCUUCACGGCGGCUGCUUCGGCGCUCAAGGGCUUUGUGUGCGACCCGCGUGAGUACAUGUAAGGCAGAGGCAGCAUGUAGGUGGAAGGCAGUAGUUUUGUGAAGCAAAGCCGGGACAGGAGCGGCGGUAGGAGGAAGAGGAGGUGGGGGCGUGGAUUGUGUGGGCUGCGGAGGGGAAGGGAGGACAACAGUUGAGGAGCGCAAACAGGAAAGGAGUGUGUAGGAUGAAACACGGUUGCAAGAGAGGUGUUGCAGCCACAACAUUGGCGGUGACAGAGCGACCAUGGCUAGGCGGGAAAUGAGCACUACUUGUGUGAUGGACAUGGACACGUGUCUCGUUCCGCUGCGUUGCCAUGGUCGCUAUUGUGGUUGCUGCCUGCCAUGGACUGCGGUGUGACUGCUUGCGCGGAUCCUGUCGUACAUUCGCUUAAGCCCUUAGGGUAUUUUUGUUCGUACGCGUGACGGUUGAGAGGCCGCUGUGCGUCUUGGUGCGUGGGUAGCGGUUGUAAGGGUCGGUGCUCGGCAAUCGGCUGCGAAUCGCGUUUCAUUGACAGAGGACAGUGGUGUUGAAGUGCUGGGAGGAAUUAGGUGGUCAGACAUAGGGGGUGGUGUCAGGAGGAGCUGGGAGGGACGAGGGAGACACAACACAGCGAGGAGGGCGCGCGCCCGGGCGGCACGGAUCUAUUGGUGCUUGAGGUACCCGCAGUGGGCAGGUGCGGAGGGUUAAACGAUGGGAAGCGCAAUGACGCGCUGCAACAGGGCGUGUCAGCCAAUCGCUGUCAAAUCACAGCAGCGUCGUCCUAGGGCGAUGAGAAUGGCACGGGUGAUAACGGUAGGAGUUCUGGGGCCCCAGCCACCAUUCAAGCCGCCGCGCCUCUCUGCUGUGCUGGAGGUUCAAUGCCGCCGUGUUUUGUUUACAUGCGGCUUUGGGUGUUUUGGUGCCCUACCCCAAAUGCUUUUCAUCUUGAAAGGAAGCUGCGUUCGGCGUGUAAGUCCGUAGAGUGUUUGCUCCCCUGAAUGCUACAACAAGGCGUUGGGAUUAGGCCUGCGCUUAUAGGUUGGGCUCUCUCACGGUCGUUGGCAAAUGUUGAAGAUGCGCAAGAUCGGUUGUUCCUCGCUGCCGACAUCCAACAUGGUAGCACAGAUGUCCAUUUUCCCCGUUACAGUAUCGUCUGGUCGCACAUGCUGAUGCGCGAUCCAGAGAGAAUAAGGCAGCAAAACAUCGGAG